AUGGGUCAAGCAGACAUCGAAAGUGUGAACGAAGGGGCCGUAGACGACCAGCGGAAUCCCUACAGCGACAAAACACGAGAUGACAUACCACCAGAAUCUCCAACAACCCCAACACUGGCUCGAAAGCUCUCCGCACGACAAGUCCAAAUGAUAGCAAUCGGAGGAACCAUAGGAACCGGCCUCUUCCUCGGAACCGGGACUUCCCUCGCAAAAGGCGGACCGGCAUCAAUGCUCAUAGCCUAUGCAAUCGUAGGCGCCAUCGUCUACAUGACCAUGCUCGCACUCGGAGAAAUGGCAGCAUUCAUCCCCAUCGCCGGCUCAUUCUGUACCUUUGCCGGAAGAUUCGUCGACGAUGCGUUCGGCUUUGCGCUCACGUGGAAUUACUGGUUUAAUGACGCCGUCUCGACGGCUUCGGAUGUCAUUGCAGCGCAAUUGCUGUUGCAGUAUUGGACUGAUAAGUUUCCGGGGUGGGGCAUAAGUUUGAUACUCCUGGUGGUGAUAAUUGGGUUGAAUAUUGUGACGGUGAGGGUAUAUGGUGAGAUUGAAUACUGCCUUUCGUUCCUUAAGGUGGUGACGAUUGUCAUUUUCAUCAUCCUCGGUAUCGCGGUGAAUUGUGGCGGGAAUACACAACAUGAAUACAUCGGCACGCGAUACUGGUACCAAGGCGACGCACCUUUCGUGAAUGGAAUCGGAGGCUUCGCGUCGGUGUUCGUGACCGCGGCGUUCGCGUAUGGUGGGACAGAGAGCAUCGCAAUCACAGCUGGAGAGACGAAGAAUCCUGCGAAAAACCUCCCGCGCGUGGUCCGCAAUGUUUUUUGGAGAAUUUUGAUCUUCUAUAUUUUGGCCAUCCUCAUCAUCGGACUCAACGUGCCAUAUGACUAUCCUGGUCUGGCGAACAGAGAUAGUCAUGUCUCGCCAUUCACCCUCGUGUUCCAGACGGCAGGAAGCACGAUUGCCGGGUCUUUCAUUAACGCUGUGGUUAUGACGAGUGUCAUUUCUGCUGGCAAUCAUGCGUUGUACGCCGGUUCGCGGCUCAUGUACGCGCUUGCUGUCAAUGGCCACGCACCUCGAUUCCUCGGAAAGCUCAACCGGAACCAAGUCCCGUGGGUGGCAGUUUUAAGCACAUCAGUCAUCAGCGGCUUAUGUUUCGGGGCAUCGUACAUCGGCGCCGGUCAGCUCUGGACCUGGUUGCAGAAUAUCGUCGGUGUUUCGAACCAGCUGUCGUGGAUCGCUAUCAACUUCGCAUCUCUCCGCUUCCGAUCUGGCCUUCGCAAACAAGGAUUAGACCAUCUUCUGCCUUUCAAGAAUUGGACAUAUCCAUAUGGCCCCCUCGCUGCGGUAUUUUUGAACGGCUUCCUCGUGCUUGUGCAGGGUUGGAGUUGUUUUUCUCCGCACUUCAAGGCGGUCGACUUCGUGAGCUAUUAUAUUGAGUUGCCGGUCAUGUUGGUCAUGUUCGUGGGGUGGAAGGUAUGGCAUAGAACGAGAUUCGUCAGAGCAGCGGAGAUGGAUUUGGUUACAGACCGAUUCGACACUGGACUGCUGCCAGAGGAGCGGUCGAAAGUUUUGGCAGAUGCAAAGUUCGUGCCUUGGCGCAAGGGAGAGGGUUGGAAGGCGAGGAUCAGACGCAUUGGGCAAUGGUUGUUUUUCUGA